AUGAUAGUGUACAAUGUGCUUGAUACAGUUCAAGGUAUGGGUAAAUGCAAAGUGCGUGGCCGUCAUGCUGAUCCGACUAAGCGCCAGCAUUUUGUUUUGAUUGAAACUGCUAGGAAGGUUUCUGAGAUAUCUCUUUCUGCUGAAAUUGGAGGAUCUGAUGUAGGUACUUGGUAUACACAGGUUGUUAAUGUCACAACUCAAGCACCUGAACAAAAUAGGGAGGGUGAGUUCCAUACUAAACUGUUUUCUUUCCUAGAGAAAGAGGGUAAAUCUUUAGCUGAUGUUCAGAGUAUGGUUUCUCCUUCACUUAGCCUGAGCACUGAGCUUGUUGGUGCUAUUAACUCUUUGGUGCAGAAGUGUAAUGUGGCUACACCUGCUGAAGUCCCAGGUUAUAGGAAACUGCGUACAUUUUCCGGGGUGACACCCACACCCAGUGGUGAGGAUGAGUAUGAAGCAUGGGCUGAACAGACCACUCAUAUUCUUGAAGAGUGGCAGUGUUCUGACAACAUAAAGAAACAAAGACUUGUUGAGUGUCUUAGGGGCCCUGCAGCCGAUAUAGUGAGGUUUGAAAAGAUUGCAAAUCCAACAGCUUCCUCUAGUGAUUAUCUCAGUGCUUUGGAGACAGCCUUUGGUACCACAGAAAGUGCUGCAGAUCUGAUGGUGAGGUUUAGGAGUACUUUUCAGAACGAGGGUGAAAAACUCUCAGCAUACAUAUUGAGGUUGGAUAAAUUGCUACACAGUGUGUUACGCAAAAGAGGCAUUAUGAUCUCUGAAAUGAAUCAGCUUCGUAUGCAGCAGAUAAUCAGAGGAGCACUUCCAACUGACAUGGUAGCUUUACGGUUCAGGAUGAUACACAAGCUAUGUGACCCACUUUCUUUCACAGAUCUUUUGAAGGAGGUCAGAGAAGAAGAGAACAUGAUGCACAGCAGGAACUCAGUUCAGGCCAACGUUGCUGUGUCUGCUGCAUCCUCUGUCAAGAGUGAGACCUCUACUAAAGCAAAUCCUACUGAGUCUGAGAUUGAGAGACUAAAGAAGGAAGUUAGGGGGUUAAAGAGUGAGAUGUCUCGUUUAUUGACUGCGACAACUGAAACUGUGAUUCAUGGUCCUUCUGAAAAUCAUAGCUCAGCAACUGGUGAGCGACGACCAACAAACAGAGCAGGUGGUAGCACAAGCUAUUUCUGCUAUAGGUGUGGCGAAGACGGGCACCUGAAGCGGGAUUGUGUUAAUGAGGAAAACUUGAGAAAAGUGAACGAACGCCUCAUCAAACUCAAGCGGCCGACGGGAAACUUCUCCGGGGCUCGGUAG